UGAUCAAUUACAAAUCUCAACCAGUUUACUCGUUCUCUGGAAAGAGCAAAGAAAUGAUACCAGUCACCAAUGUUCCUGGUCCAGGUAGAUUGCCUUUUUGAUAUGAAAUAAAUUAUUAUAGGAAAUUAUAAUGCAGCUUCCCAAUUCUCAAAAACGACUACAGGGUUUAGCUUUGGAGGAGGAAAACCCAGGCAAUCUAGAUUAGGCAAAACUCAACACUCACCAGGUCCUGCAGAAUAUACUGGGGAUAAAUAAAAAAGUUACUAAUGCUCCAUCCUUCGGAUUUGGUUCACAACAGAGGGGGCAGAAUUUAAAAGAUCAAAACAUCGGGCCUGGAUCAUACCAAAUGAAGUCUUCAUUCGAUAAAGCAUUGGAGAAAAGAGAAUUCAAACAAACAAGCCAAAGAACUGUAUUGACUAACACAAAAAGUAAUAAUCCUGGGCCAGGAAAUUACAGUCCUUCGAACAAAGCAUCUAAGCUUAGCGCUCCGAAAUAUGGGUUUGGCUCGGAGAAAAAGAUGAGACAGCCUUCAAAAUUCAAUGGACCCUCUCCAAAUUUAUAUGAGGUCAAAGAUACCAUUACUCGGAGAUCAUUCCAAAAGACAGGAAUGGGGUAUGGCAAAAAGGUAGACCCAGCCCAAGUCCUUGUGGACACUCCAGGACCAGGAUCUUAUAAAGAGCCAAGCUACAUCCAAGAAGGGAAGAAGUUUAGUAUGGGAGCAAAAGAUCUAGACAAGAGAAAAGAUAGAUCUUCUGAGUCCCCUGGGCCUAACGUGUAUAACCCGGAUGUAAACAAAGUUAGAGAUAAAGCCCCUCAGUUUGGGUUUGGAACUGAGAAGAAAUUAGUUCAAAAAGGAAAGAAUCACUCUCCUGACCCAGCAUCCUACAAUGUCAACGACAAAAUCUUGAGAAAAACAGCUCAAGCUUCUGGAAUGGGAUACGGGGGUAAAAUUAAUCUGUCAAAAACUCUUGCAGAUACUCCUGGCCCAGGCACUUACAAUAUGAGAUCAACCGUUACUGACGGAAAGAAGAUAGGAAUGGGUGCAAAGCUUUCCAACAACAAGAACGGCAAAAAUAACUCUCCUGGACCUGGAGCUUAUUCUCCUUCUAGAAAAGUGUCAGAGAAGGCCGAACCUAAAUUUGGAUUUGGCACUUCUUCAAGGUUACAAGAAGCUGGCAAAAACUCAGUGCCGAGCCCCAACUCAUACCAAGUUAAAGAUGACAUCAUGAGGAAGACAGCUCAAUCAAGCGGGAUGGGCUUUGGGGGCAAAAUUGAUUUCGUCAAAAAUAGUCAAGGGACUCCUGGACCAGGAGCUUAUGAAUACCAAACUCAUAUAGUUGAAGGAAAGAAAUAUGGAAUGGGAAUCAGACUCAAUAGUUCUAAAGGAAGAAAAGAAGCCAGCCCAGGUCCAGGGGCUUACAAAUCUGAAGUUGUUGAUCUGAAAAGGAAACAUAAAUCAUAUUCCUUAGGAAAGCAAACUAGAUUUGAUAGAAAAGUAAAGAAAAGUGAUUUGCCAGGUCCAGGUUUAUAUGGAGCUAAAGGGCAACUAGGAGGACCUAAAUUUGGCUUUGGAAGCGAGCAAAGAGAGAAGAAGAAAGCUGCUGAAAAUCCAGGGCCUGGAUUUUAUGAGAUAGAUAGAUCCUUCAACAACAUUAAAGCAUACGAAAGAGCAGGGUAAACUUUAAAGUAAUUCUUUAUAAGUGAUACCGGAGCUAUGUUUCAUUAAAUCAGAA